GAUUUUUCUUUGAACUUCCACGUUGUGUUUAUUGACAGCAGUCAGGGUUGCUGAUAAGAGAGUCACAAACGGCUAUAAAUAGAGAUUCCGAGGCAGACAGCGAGCAAGCUCUGAAGCAGCCAUGUAUGUGGAAGUGGUGAUGAUCGCAUGCUCCUUCGCUGCUGCAGCAGGAUAUCCAGCUCCUCUGCACACUGGCCAGGGUGACAGGAGUGCAUUGUGGGAUCACUUUAGCCAACUGACCAAUCAGGUCACAGACAAAGUGGAUAACACCCAACAGGCUGAAAUCAGCAAGCAAGUAAAGGGGCUCUGGAAGGACAGCCUGGAGAACGUGGACCUCUACACAGACAGCCUCACCCCCUUCACCCUGGAGCUCCGCAGCAAACUCAGCCUGGAGACUGACAAGCUGCGGGUCCAGAUCAUGAAGGAGCUGGAGGACCUCCGUGAGAAGAUGUCCCCUCACGCUGACGAGGUCCACCAGAAAAUCAGCAGGAACGUGGCCCAGCUCCAGCAGAGACUGGAUCUGCCCGCCAGCAAGCUGAGCAGCAUGGUGCAGCAGAUCACGGGGCAGCUGUGCAGGCAGCUCCGAGGACUCGAGAUCAAACCCCUGGGAGACCAGACCCCAGACCACGAGGAGGACGUUCUGCACAGGAUCAGGCAGACCGUGCAGGACAGCAAACUCAAGCUGGCUCCCUAUCUAGCAGAGUUUCAGGCGGAGGCUUUGCGGGCGGUCGGAGAGCUGCAGGAAAGUUUCUCUCCUUACGCCUUGGUCCAGGAUGAGCUGCAGCAGCAUGCAGAGGAGGCAUCCCGGAGGCUCACGGAGAAUGUGGAGCAGCUGAGGGCUCACGUUGAUGAGAACACCGGCAGACUGUGCCAGCUCUCAGAGUCUGAGGGGCUUCAGGGGCAGAUUGAGCAGAGGGUCUCUGAGUUCUGCCAGGGAGCCUCCUCGUACGCAGACAGCUUCACUCAAGGGAUCGCUCAGGACUUCAGAGACUUGAGCCACAGCAGAGCUCCUGUUUCUCUGACCUUGCAGGACCACGGUAGGCCACUGGAGGAGGACUUCUCUGCCAAACUCCGCUCCUUGUUAGAGGAUAUCCGGCACAACCUGAACUCACCCGUGUAAAUAUUUAUAAUAACACAACACACUCGUUUUGUACCAGAUAUGCUUUCAAUGUGUUAUUUACUGUUGUAACAAAUCAUGUAUAUAAGAUGUGAACUAGCUGUGUGAAAUCAGAGGGGCUGUUUCCAUGAAAUGUCACUUAUUUAAAAGAAAGAAGGUUUUGCAUGCAACUGCGCUUGAGAUCCCAAUCCAUUGUUUAUCUGUGAUACAACUGGCGUCUUUGUAAAUACUGUUCAUUGCUCUGAAUGUACUUUUCUAGGCUGACUGGAGUUUCUAUUUUGUAAUCGUUGUAAAUAAACGUGCAGUAGCUUGUGCUUUA